GUUUUAUGUGGCGAAAAUUGCAUUAUUUGCAUGAUAUCAAAGUGAUAACAGUAAAAUAAUAGGUAAAUUUUAGAAAAUCUUAGCAAUGGAAUUCGAAUAAAUCAAAAUGCGCCUUUACUUCCACGCGAAGUAAACUAAAAACAACAAAAUAAUCUACCAUGAAAGUCACCUGAAUCCCUUGCAAGAUUGUUCUUAUCUGGCCUGAAAAUGAAUAUUACCAUGAUGGAUCAUGAUUUUAAAAUGAAAACACAAGCUGAGCGAACUAAGGUCGAGGAUUUGUUUGAUUAUGAAGGCUGUAAAGUGGGUAGGGGCACUUAUGGCCAUGUAUACAAGGCCCAUAGGAAAGAUGGGUCUGAUACUAGGGAUUAUGCCCUAAAACAAAUUGAAGGCACUGGACUGUCCAUGUCGGCAUGUCGAGAAAUCGCAUUGCUGCGAGAGUUGAAGCACUCAAAUGUCAUCAACCUCAUUCGAGUAUUUUUAUCACACACGGACCGGAAAGUUUGGUUAUUAUUCGAUUAUGCUGAGCAUGAUCUGUGGCAUAUUAUUAAAUUUCAUCGUGCUGCCAAGGCUAACAAAAAACCUGUGAUGGUUCCAAAAGGAAUGGUUAAAAGUCUUCUGUAUCAAAUUUUAGAUGGAAUACAUUAUCUACAUUCCAAUUGGGUUUUACAUAGAGAUCUGAAACCAGCAAAUAUUCUAGUUAUGGGCGAAGGCAUUGAAAGAGGCAGAGUUAAAAUUGCUGAUAUGGGUUUUGCUAGAUUAUUCAAUGCACCGUUGAAGCCUCUUGCAGAUUUGGACCCGGUUGUGGUGACUUUUUGGUAUCGAGCCCCAGAAUUACUUCUUGGUGCAAGGCAUUAUACAAAAGCUAUAGAUAUUUGGGCCAUUGGUUGCAUAUUUGCAGAGUUAUUAACAAGUGAGCCAAUUUUCCACUGUCGGCAAGAAGAUAUAAAAACAAGUAAUCCGUAUCAUCAUGACCAAUUGGAUAGGAUUUUUAAUGUAAUGGGUUUUCCUUUGGAUAAAGAUUGGGAGGAUAUUAGAAAAAUGCCUGAGCAUUCUACAUUGUCGAAAGAUUUUAAAAGAUCAAAUUACCAAAACUGUUCCUUGGUCAAAUACAUGGAACGUCACAAAAUCAAACCAGACAGCAAAGCCUUCCACCUUCUCCAAAGAUUACUAUUAAUGGACCCGAACAAACGGAUAACAUCUGAACAAGCAAUGCAUGAUCCCUAUUUUUCUGAAGAGCCUAUGCAUACUCCGGAUGUCUUUGCCGGUUGUCCAAUUCCGUACCCGAAAAGAGAGUUUUUAACCGAUGAUGAUCAGGAUGAAAAAGCUGAUAGCAAGGCCAGGCAGAAUCAACAGCAGCAGCAGCAACAAAAUCAGCAAGCUCAACAGCAAUCAGGCAACCACGAUCAUGGUCAAAAUGCAAAAAGGGUUCGUCUGGCUGGUCCCAGCGGUCAUCCUAAUAACGGAAAUCAGAUGACCCAGCAACAGCAGCAAGAUUUCCAUCACAGUCAGCAACAACAGCAGCAGCAGCAACAACAGCAACAGCAGCAGCAACAACAACAGCAGCAGGCCGCUAUGAUGUUUAAUAACAGUCAGCAGCAGCAGCAGCAACAGAAUAAUUUCCAACAGAGAUUUUAAUAAUAGAUAUUUUAAUAAUAAUAAUAAUUUAUAUGAUUUUAUAAAAUUUAACCACCCCGAGUGGAAAGGGUUAAAUUUUAUGUUGAUGCAGUUUUGAGGCGCUCAUGGAAUUAGUGACGAUGCGUAUUGAUAAUGAUAAUUUUAAAUACGCAUUAUUAAUUUUAAACUGACGAUAUUGUUUUAGUAAAAGGUUGUGAACGUUUGGUGUUAUUAUUUAAAAUGACUUUUAUGAUGAAUUUGUACAUACUAAUUUUUUCUGACGAUAGGGACUAAUUUAUCAUUUUAAUUGCCCAUGUUCUAAUUUAUUUGAUAAUAUGGCUAUGCAUAAAUUAACCAGUUAACUGUGAUUUAUGAGUAUACUCGGCAUGUGGCAGAAUUUUGUAUAUUGGCGAUGACGUGUAUACUCGUCGUGCGUUCAAAGCAAUGAUCAUUGACUAUAUAAAUUGCAAUUUUUGAGACAAACAAAAUAUUUUCCAAUUUUAAGAUGUUUUUGGAGUAUUUUGAGGUUAUGAUGGUACAAAAUGAUCAGUUUUAAGUGACAAAAUUUCGUAUAUUGACGAUGACGAAUAUACUCGUCAUUAACCAUUGAUUAUAUAAAUUGCAAUUUUUGAGACACAAAA